CGGCGGGCGGCGGCGCAGGGGAGGGGAAGCCGGCGGUUCCCCAGGCGCGCCGCUGCCUGCUUGCCUGCCGGGACUUCCCUGUUGUUGCACAGGAGCCACCCGCCCACGCUAAGAUGGCUGCGAAGGGCUUGUACUUUCACCUGAAAAUGGAAGAGACGGUGGAGAGGUGCCGGGCGGACUGCCAGUGGCAGGCGCAGCUGGCGGUGGUGGCGCAGAUGCACUCGCGGGCGUCCAGUCCCCGCCACAAAGGCGCCAAAGGCUCGCCGAAGCCCGAAGACUAUGGGAAUCUCAUAGUUGCAGAGGCAUUGCUGGAGCUAUGCUUACAAGAGAAUCUUGCCAAAAUAAAGGACGCCAUUCCAUUAAUGGAAAAGAAUGAGCCAAAAAUGAGUGAUGCCAAAAAGCAUUUGACGGGUAUUCUAAACCGCGGGAAGUUACUGCCAAAAGAUAUGACUGAAGCAAUGUUGAUCCUAGCAAAGCUCCAUUAUGUUGAAGGGUCGUACAGGGAUGCCAUCAGCAUGUAUGCAAGAGCUGGUCUUGAUGACAUCUUGGUUGAAAAGAAGCCCGUGUACAGGCUGCGUUUGUUGACGGAAGCUUUUGUGAUCAAAGGCUUGGCUCUAGAACGCGCACCCAAUUCCAUUGCUUCCCGGGCCCGGCUAUCCGAAAGGGAGGAGGAAGUCAUGGCUUGCUUUGAAAGAGCAUGUGUGAUUGCUCAAAUGUUCCUACAAGAACUUGAAAAGACCUUUGGCAACACACAUCCAAGAGGCAUAAAAGGUGGCUAUGCGUCGUCUUUGGACUUUGAGCUUCCGUACUUCCUGGAAGCAGCUCUGCAGAGUGCAUACGUGGCUCACUUAAAAAGGGGCAACAUUGUUAAAGGAAUAAGAAACCUCCGAGAAUUAUUACGGACGAUGGAAACGAAAGGUACCCAGAGCUUCAGAAUGACAGCAGGAAAACAACUGGCAGAACUGCUCCUACACUCCUUGAGUGAAGAGUGUUACUGGAGUCCCUUAUCUGACCCCCUUCCUGAAUUUAUGAAUAAAGAGGAUAAUUCUUCCAUUUGCACUACUCUGCGUCGAAAACUGCAGCUACAUACUGGAGAUAACCUCUACAGCCCUCAAGACAACGUUGAAGAGGCUCUUCUUCUUCUCAUGAUCAGUGAAUCCAUGGCAAACAGGGAUGCAGUAAUUAGCCGGGCCCCAGACCAGAAAGACGACCGGGCCGUCAGUCUUCGGGAUGCGUCGGCAAUUUACGAUCUUCUGAGUAUCACACUGGGCAGAAGAGGGCAGUAUGUCAUGCUUUCCGAGUGCUUGGAACGUGCAAUGAAGCUUGCAUUUGGCGAAUUUCAUCUCUGGUACCAACUCGCACUUUCGAUGGCAGCUUGUGGCAAGUCUGCACACGCCGUCUCGGUGCUCAGAGAAUGUGCAAAGCUUCGUCCUGAGGAUCCCACCAUCCCUCUCCUGGCCGCCAAGGUCUGCAUCGGGCCUCUGCACUGGCUGGAAGAAGGAGAACGUUUUGCCAAGAUGGUGGUUGGCCUGGGAGAAGAAGCUGGGGAGUCACUAGCAAAGGGCUAUCUGGCUUUGGGGUUGACGUACAGCCUUCAAGCAACUGACGCUACCCUGAAAAGUGCCCAAGAUGACUUGCACCGAAAAGCACUUCAGACUCUGGAGAGAGCACAUCACUUGUCACCUGAAGACCAUCAAAUCAUCCUCUAUGUUUCGUUACAGCUGGCUCUUGUCAGGCAGAUUUGUGAUGCGAUAGAACACCUUCAAGAAGCUCUGAAACUGUGCAAGGAUCAUAUGAAUUCUCUCCAUUUGCUGGCCCUCCUUUUUUCAGCCCAAAAGCACUAUCAACCUGCUUUGGAUGUUAUCAACAUGGCCCUCGCAGAGUAUCCAGACUGCUUUAGUUUACUCUUCACCAAAGUAAAGUUGGAAUUGGUACAUAUAGGACCGGAAGAGGCAUUAGUGACCUGUAGACACAUGUUGCAUCAGUGGCAGACGCUGUAUACUUUUUCACAGAACAGCGAUUCUGAGAAAGAAAGCAGUCAGACUGAGGCGCCGUCAGUCAAGAAGCAUAACAGCAUGUAUCUCACACUCCCGGAUGUCCAUGAUGCCGACUCUGGCUCCCAACGAGCCUCUUCUAUCGCAGCUUCACGGCUGGAGCAGGCCAUGUCUGAAGUCACCAUGCACAGCACUGCCAUGAAGCAGGGGCCUAUGCAGCUAUGGACAACUCUUGAACAGAUUUGGUUGCAGGCAGCUGAACUCUUCCUGGAACAACAGCAUCUCAAAGAAGCCGGCUUCUGUAUCCAGGAGGCAGCGAGUCUCUUUCCCACAUCUCACAGUGUGCUGUACAUGCGUGGGAGGCUCGCCGAGAUGAACGGCAGCUUGGAGGAGGCUAAGCAAUUGUAUGAUGAAGCACUAACAGUGAAUCCAAAUGGAGUGGAAAUCAUGAACUGCUUGGGGCUGGUGCUGAACAGGCUCGGGCGAAGAAGCUUGGCUCAGAAGAUUCUGCAGGAUGCGGUCCAGGUGCAGAGCACCAGUCACAAAGCCUGGAACAGCCUUGGAGAAGUCCUUCAUGCUCAGGGCAAAAACGAAGCUGCCGUUGAGUGCUUCUUGACAGCCCUGGACCUCGAAUCCAGCAGCCCUGUCAUUCCAUUUACUGUCAUUCCCAGAGAACUGUGAAGGCUCUAUACCAUGCACAUACAGUCUAUGGAGCCAACUCCAAUAAUAGACCCAGGUGAUAGGCAAUUAGGGGUGUGCACAAACUGGUAUGCAACGAACCGGUCCGCAACAAACCAGGGCAGUUUGACGGUUCCAUCAUGAACCAGCCUCCAGAAGAGGCGGUUCAGUCCACGAUGGAACCAGACCGAGCCUGGUCCAUUGCAGACUGGUUCGACCUGGUUCAACAGUCCAAAGGGCUAUACUUGUAAAGGGGAAUCUGGUGAAGGGAACCCUGCCUUUAAAAGGCUUCUAAGAGUCGCCAGGGAUGGGAAGAGAGGGCACCUUUAAAAGUAGGUGCUUACUGAUCAGGCAGUGGCAUGCUUCCAGAACCGCACUGCUGCCACCACCAGAGAAUCUGUAAGCACUUACUUUUAAAGGUGACCUCUCAACAGCCAUCCUUAGAAGCCUUUUUAAAGCAGGAUUCCCCUUUGCUUGGACCUAUACAAGUAUAGCCCCUCGGACUGUCGAACUGGGUCAAACCAGUUCAAGCCGGUUUGAUUGAACAGAACGGACAAGCCAGUCGGUUCAACCAAACCGCUUUGUGUACUGGCGGUUCAGUCUGGAUUGGGUCCAUAUUUGAACCUAACCACAAAAAUGGGUCCGAGCACACCCCUAUAAGCAAUAAGUUUACAGUGCAAUAAAUAAAUAGGUAUUGUUCCUUUGUUGUUCAGAAUUUUGGCAUUUUUCCUCAAGCAAGUGCUCUUGUUCUAGUGAUAUAACAUUUCCCCAGCCCUAAAAUCUCAGUAUAUAUUGUUGCUGGGGGAAAUGCAAUUUUUCUGUUGCAUGGAAAUUUUCCAUUGCAUGGCCAUUGCAAUUUGUGGUGCUGUGUAGAACAGGCCUGCACAACUUGUGAGCCUUACCACAGGUCACCAUUUAUGUAUGGUAGCCCAAGUAGGACUCCAUUAAUUUCCUGCCUUUGCUUCUGGCUGGGACUACAAAAACAGGAAAAGGAUCGUCUGGCUCCUGGCAGGUCACAGCGAUAGAUAGCUGAUGGGCUGAGUCCAAUUGGUAGCUUACAAUUGGUGCAGUCCUAAUCUAGACUGUGGUUUUGUGUAUAUCAUUGGCACCUAUUGGAUAGUGGCUGUGACAUCACUGAUGAUGAGCAAUGUGUAACACUUUUCCCCCAAGCUUGCAUCAUAUUGUCACAGUUACACAAGUGCUUAGCCUGCAAAGAGAGGUCUUGCAUGGGAUUUAAAACUGAUUACUCUGAAUGUGGAAAAAUCCCUUGCCACGGUCACCCUUGGCAGAAAGAAGCCUUCCAACUUUUCCUUGGCAUAGUUGGACUCACUGCUAAAGACUGUCUUAAUUUGUUACAGUAUUUCAAUAUGACAGUCAUUGCUAUCAAAUAUAUUCUACUUUCCAUACAGAACUCUAUCAGCUAAAUGUAUUACAGACAGAUGCAACUCCUGAGGUCACUGAAGCCACACACACCCUACCCCAGGGGUUUGCUAGGGAUGACGGGAGUUGUAGUUCAGCAACAGCUGUAGUGCCAAGGGUUGCCUACUCCUGCCCGACACAAUAUAACCCGAAUACUCACAACUAACAUUCCAGUAAUGUUUAGAAUUGCCAGCUUCUUACUGGUUCUAAUGCUUUGCCUUCAACAGCAGCCUGGCAAAAAUUAGGCAGGUGAAACUUUUCCCCAUCCCAUUAUUUCCCUGGCCAGAAAAAAAUCCCAUUUUAAUGUCUGCACAUAGCAGACUGCUGUCAUAUGCCCCCGAUCAUCUACCCUGCACCAAAGUAAGAACUGGUGCAGGGAAUAUAAGUCUCAGUAACUAGCAACCCAAUUGGAAAGGGCCAUCACUCAGCAACAGAGAGCCUGCUUUGCGUGCCGAAGGACCCAAGUUCAGUCCCUGGUAUCUCCAGGCAGGGCUGAGAAAAACUCCUGCUUGAAACCUUGGAGUGCCUCUAUGAGCCCAUGUAGACGGUAUUGUGCUAGAUGGGCCAGUGGUACGGUUCAGAAGAAGGCAACUUCAUAUGUUCAAUUCUGAAUAAUUCUGAACAGAGAUGCAAGUUUGGGGCGGUAUAGAAAUGUAAUACAUAAAUAAAAUAAAUAAACCUUUGGCAUUGGCAAAUCAGGCUACAUUAAGGCCAGAGAACAUCUGGUGUCACAAACUUGCACUAUUGCAGUUGGUCACACACACACACACACACACACACACACACACACACACACACACACCUAAGCUUUUGUAUGCAGAUUCACCAACUCUUAGCAUCAGAUCAUGGGUGUUGUUAACCAGGGAAGGGAUGUAAUAUUAAAACAUGAGCCAUGAGGCACAAAGCAGCCAUUCCAGUUAUUUCAACAGAAGCAUUAAGCACAUAUUCAAAUCUCCCCCAUUGAAAUGAGUAGGGCAGAGGAUUUUAUGAGACGUUGUACAAGACACGGAGCUGCUGCCUCCAUUCCAUGUGCUGGUUCAAAUAUAAUGCCAGGCCAUGGAUUAUUGUUAUAUGAAUGAACAGUCCAGGAACCUUGAGCUCACACGCUCCCUCAUACCUCCUUCAAGCUCUGAUUGCUAAUCCUGAUUUGCAGGGCAAAUGCAAGCCACUGUUUGCUGGCUGAAACACCCGAAUAGGACCUAAACUAUGGAAUUUGCUGCUGCCAGAUGUUGGCAGCUAAACUAUGAAUUUGCUGCUAGAUUGGUGAUGGCCACCAAUCUAAAUGGUUUCACAAAGGGAUUAGACAACUUCAUGGAGGAUGGGGCUAUCAACAGCUACUAGCCGUGAUAGCGGUAGAUUCCCACCAAGAUCAGAGGGGACAUGCCCCUGAAAAGCAGGUGCCAGGGAACACCAAUGGGAAGGGUGGUUUCCUCCUUUUCCCUGGUCCAGUCUUCCCUGAUGUACCUAUGGGCCACUGCGUGAAGCAGGAUCCUGGACUAGAUGAGGCCGUAGCCGGAUCAAUCAUGCCUUUUCGUGUGUUCUUAUGAAUUACUGCAUGUGAGAGGAAGAGGGGGAGGAAGCAUGCAAUCUCAAGGCACCAUGAUGAUUCGUUCAUGUAACAUCAGACCCUGGUAACCAUGUAACACCAAACCCAACAUCGCAUCUGAACCACCCCAGGGUCUCCUUGCCUUGCCUUCCUUGCACUAUCUAGGUCAGCACACCGUCUAAUGAGAUAUCAUCCCAAUGUGUGUUGCCCGACCCUUUGAGGCAGGGCAGGGCAACAGAAGGUACGGCGAUAUCACAUCACAGAUUGCAUUUCCUUAGACAUUGCAAAUAAAGAGGCAGCAGCCCUUUGUCUAUAGCACCAAAUUAAGCCCUUGAAAAUGCUUGACGUUGGCUGUGUUGGGCACAUAUUCUUCCCUAAGGUUGUCCAUCGGAUUUUGAACACGCCUAUAGAAAAAUGGCGCAUUGGGGUUCACUCUCUCCCCAACCUCCAAAGUGGAUGUGCUCCAGGUUUUUCUCCUCAUUUUCUUAACAGGAAGGUUUUUUAUACAGAAGCUAUAUAAUUCAGUAUGUUUAUGUUUUCUGAGUUAAAUCUCUCUAUUGGGGUGGCUCACCUGAGGCUCUCCAACUGUUGCUGGACUACAGUUGCCACAAUUUGUACAAUACAUGUGCCUUAAUCCAUUUCACCCUUUUAGCAAAACAAGGAUCCACUCCUUUCCCUUGCAGGCACAGCAGCAUGAACAGGAGCAUAUCAGCAGAGGGUUCAGUGGCGCCCCGUUUCCUCCUUUCUCCGCCCUGAUUGGACCUCAGCUGCUUGCAAACACAGCGAGCCAUGACUUUGAACCGGAUGCCCAUGUUUGCCUCUCACAUAGCAUCCCUCUUCCCUGCUAUAGAGGCCUAAGACUGAAAUUAUACUAAGUCACACAAGCACAUAAAGGCAAAUAUGAUAGCCUACCAUGGGUGCAAUCCACAGGCCACUCACUCUGGGAAAAAAUCCCAUGGACCUUAGUAGAGUUAUUUAGGGGCCCUUGUGUCGUGGCUUGCAAAUCCAGCAAAUGAACCACUUCCUCUGUGGGAAUGUCAUAGCUACAGACUCAGUUAUGAACAGUUAGGAAAACAUAGUACCUCAUCAGCUCACAUUUCUCCCUGUUGUUAAAAUGUUCUUACAUUUUAGAUAUUUAUUUUAAGGAAAAAUCAGGACUAUAAAUGGACAGAGCUUCAUGUUUACUUAUAACGUUUUAAAUAGCCUUUAAUAUACAUAUUUAGAGAUAAAUAUUGUGACCAUAUUGCCUGGCUUGUGCUUUGAUGCGGUCAGGUUAGAAUCAGGAGUCGGCAUUACUUAGCCAGGGGCUCAGGGUCCUCUGGAAUGCUGAUCCCUGAGUUCAGCUCCGUUACCCAUAGCCAUCAUAUGGAGGGCGGCAGAGCCCUUAUUGGGGCCCGCCCAGGUCGGAGAGGGCCCAUCGAGGCAGUUGCCUGAGAGCCCCCUGAAGCCUUAAUGUUAUACAUCUCAUAGGACUGUUUUUAAUUCAACUUUAUAUGGGGCUUAACCCAGCCAGACUUAAGCAUCUUAAAGUCCCAUUGACUUCUAUGGGAGGGUUACAUGUGUGGUUAGAAAUCACUGAAAUCAAACAUACCUGACUUUUGCUGGAUCAUGCCCACUGCUGUGUUUUGGUCUUGCACUUCUCCUCUUACAGCAUUAAAAAUGUAGCAAAAGGGAUGGAGGCAUGGCAGGAACAGAGGAAGCUGCCAUAUACUGAGUCCGGCCAUUGGUCUAUCUAGCUCAGUAUUGUCUUUACAGACUGGCAGCAGCAGGUUGCAGGCAGGAAUCAGCCAGGGAGGGAACUUGAAGCUUUCUGUUCUUCCUAGAGCGGCUCCAUCCCCUGAGGGGAAUAUCUUCCAGUGCUCACACUUCUAGUCUCCCUUUCAUAUGCAACCAGGGUGGACCCUGCUUAGCUAAGGGGACAAGUCAUGCUUGCUCCCACAAGACCAGCUCUCCUCUAGCUUGGCAUGACCCUAGGGAAAGCUGUCAAAACUAAGAUUGCCUUCGAAGAAGUAUCAGCUGAAAGUCUUAACUGCUGCACAACCUGGGCCCUCCAGCUGUAUUUAGACAACCACUUCCAUCAUCCCCAGCCAUAGUGGCCAAUAGUAAGGUAUGAUGGGCCUUGAAGUCCUACACCUGCAGGUGGGCCAAGUUGUGCAACCUUGGUCUAGAAAGCUCAUUUCAGCAAGCCUCCUCUGAUCUCCCCUGAUUAUGAGACUCCUCUGACUGUUAUCUUGGUUCAGAGCUCUGUGUGUCUUUCUCUGAUUGAUUGCUGUUGUGUUGAUCUUGCUGGUUUUUAUUCUUAUUUUCAGUUGAUAGUGGUAAGCCAUCUUGCGUCCAUUGCAGAGAAAGGCAAGGCACAACAGUUUUAACAGGCUGUUCUUCCAUGAGGCAAGGUCAGGUGGUUGCCUCAAGCAUGUCUGCAUUUGGAUGGGAGACUUCAUGCAAGCACUGCCUGAUGUCAGAUAUUCCCCUUAGGAGGUGGAGCUGUAGCUCAGUAGGAGAGCAUCUGCUUGCAUGCAGAUGGUCCCAGAUUCGAUCCUUGGCAUCUCCAGGUAGGGCUGGGAAGAACUCCUGCCUGACACCUUGGAGAGCCACUGCCAGUCAGUGUAGACAAUACUGAGCCAGGUGGACCAAUGGUCUGACUCGGCAUAUGGCAGCUUCCUGUCUUGCCAUGCUAUUUGGAACUAUUAUUUGCAUUUUUUAAAAAAUGUGUUUGUUACUCUGCCAUGGAAGAACAGGCACGAUCCAGCGACAUUGUCAUGACUAAGUCCCAUUGAAGACAAUGAGACGGGGCUUAGUCACGAUUCACCAGCUUCAGUUUCGUUGAUUUAAAUGGGAUUUUUUUCUUUUGGGGGUAUACCUGCAGAAUAUAUAUUUUUAAAUGCAAACAUAUUCAAACACACACACACACGCCUUUGAUGGCUGUGCACCAAUAAUUGGAGGACCAACAGCUGACAUGAUCAGCAAUAGGGGUGGUGGUUCUGCAGUGUCACUGCUGUGGAUACGGAAGCAGCAGCACCGUUGGGGAGCAGGCCAGUUGCUCUACCAGCAUCACUGUAGUUUCUCCCAUUGUGGCAAAUGAGAGAAACUAAAGUAACACGGAGAAUAUAACCAGCAUCCUCUCUAGUGGUGCCGCUGCUUCUACGUCCUCAGCAGCGGUGCCACAAUACCUUCCCGUCUCUGUUAGUCUUGUGCAUCAUGUCAGCCAGUGUUUAUCAGAUGUCCAAAGUGGCUUCGGAAAAAUGUAAAGAAAUCUCUUUUUUUCCCACCCAUUAUUCUAAAAUGCCCCAUUCUCAAAGAAGCCCCGUGUGAUAUCUUAUUUCAUUUGCAAAUGAGAGAGUGCUGCUGUAGUGAUUUGAUGUGCUUUUUCAUAUGAAACAUAAUAACAUGGAGUUGCAAAUGGUUUUCACCAGAUGAAUAAAUAAAUCCCAUGGCGAAAGGCA